CUUUGUUCAUACAGAAAUGGAAAUGCAUGCAAUAUAAAAAAUGUUUUCAUACAAUACCAUGUGUUUCAGCACUGCUGAGAUUAUCAAAUAGGUAUAAUUUACUCCACCCAUUAAUACUGUUAAGUUACACCACUGGCACACAAGAGUGAUGGUGAUGGGAAAUAGGUCUAUGUUGAUGUACACCUACAUACAUAUUCCAUUAAAAAGCAUUCCUGAUUCAUUAUUCCAUAAAUCAUAAUCUAUCAUUUAAAAGAUUUCAGGACUAUUAGGUGUUAAAUGUCUCAAAAUGUUUGAGCUGUAGUUGUUCAUAUGAAAUGUUAGGGCAAAGGAAAGAUUAGAGUGAAGUCUUGUUACUAAUUCAGGUCAGAACAAAAAGUCAAAUCUUGUUCACAUGUGUUUUCCUACUUUCUAGAUCAAGACCCAUAGUAAUGGUUGAAGCUGAGGUGUCAUUUAGCCCAAUCCAAAUCCCUACUCAGAAUGUAGACUGCUCAAAACCACUGCAGAACACAGCUGAAAUUUGCUUUACCAUGAGCAGAUUGUCUACAGUCAACACAGCUCAAGCAAGGAUUAAUUACACUUUAACACUGGAUGCCACUCGCAAACCUCCAAGCAACCGGGCAUAUGUUGGUGGGAAACGAGAGCAGUCAGGAUCACUUACUGUGGACUUAAUAAGAAAAAAAUGCUCAACUGUGAAGUUCCUUGUUGAGGCCUGUCCAGAAGAUGCUCUCAAUUCACUUUCCAAUGAGCUCAAAUUCAAGUUUGAUGGUUUGCCCUCAAACACAAAUCUCAGACCAAGCCUUGCCCAGCAGGCUCAAACAGCAACCAUUCAUCCUUUAGGGUUUGAGAUCAACUGUGGAACUGACAACAAAUGUGUUGAUAACCUGAAAGUGGAUUUCAACUUCACCAGAUCCUCAGAGGUUAAAGUGGGCAUCGAUGAGCUUUUGAAUGUCACAGUCACAGUGGAGAACAGAGGAGAAAACUCCUACAACAGUCGUGUUAUUCUCACGUACCCAGCUGGACUGUCCUACAGGAAAUUCACCAUUCAGCAGGGAAGAAUUGAGUGCAACUCUUUGGACAGUGAAGAUGGUUUAUCCCGAGGAAGGACAGACUGUACUAUUGACAAGCCAAUUUUCAAGAGCAAAACUAAGGCUUUCUUCAUUGUCUCAUAUGGUAUCGAAACAAACACUCAACUAGAGAGGAAGAUCUUUAUCACUGCUAAUGCCACCAGUGGAAAUCAGGAGAACGCUACAACGAGUGAAAUCUACAAAAAUAAAUGGAUUGAUGUGAAAUACAGCAUUUUCAUGACAUUUGAAAACUCCUUCAGUUACAGCAAUUUCACUUUUGGGAUGGAUAAUUUGCAGAUACCAGUCCAACAAUUAAUCAAGGUUACAAAUGAUAUCAGAGCGUUUAAUUUCACUGUGGUGAUCAAGGUUCCAGUGAAGCUUGGUGAAAAAGAGAUUUGGGUAUUGAGCAGCCUACAGAUUGUAGACUGUCAGACAGAAAAUGAUGAAGAACCAAGUGUCAAAGAUUUUGUUCCACAGAUACAAAAGGAUAAAGUGGUGGACUGCUCUGUAGCCAUGUGCAGAGUGUUCAAGUGCAACACCUUCAUGGGAAGACUGCAGAGUAGGACAUACGAAAUCUCUGGCAAUCUCAGUUCAGGAUGGAUAGAGCAGAUUGGACUUCAGUCUGCCAAAUUCCUCUUGACCAGUACAGCCACUGUGGAUUAUGACCAAAGCCAAUACAUCUACUUUUCAACAGUGUCUAACAACAAUCCUCCUGUUCGCAAGAUUAUAGUCGAGGUAGAAGUGUAUCCUCAGACAAAUUUCACCAAAGAGAUUAUAGGAGGAUCCCUGGGAGGGUUGGCUUUUCUGGCUUUACUCACUGCUGGCCUGUAUAAGGCUGGGUUUUUCAAGAGGAAAUAUCCAUAGAUGAUGAAUGAAAAUGCAGAGACCGAUCUGGAACCGGGGACUGAUGGAAAUGAAUCCCAAACAGAAUAACAAAGCUCAUAUUUGUUGUUGUACAUUUACUGUAAAGUUAAAACAAACAUUAAACAAGUAAGGAAAUUUGUGUUUGGUUGAUUAUCCCUUUGUUGUAACAGUUC